AUGAUUAUUCAAUAUUUUACUCUGCGUUCAUCACAUAUCAGAACUCUAUAUAUUGAUCCGAAUGACCGUGGUCAAGGUUUUGGUGGAAUACUUUUACAACAUAUGAUAAAUUGCGCUCGUGAACAUGAUAUUUUAAGGAUUAAGCUUAAAGUUAACACAUCAAAUAUACCUGCAUAUAGAUUAUAUCAGCAAUAUGACUUUCAGCCAGUUGAAUUACUUUCUCAAUACUAUUCUAAAGAUGCUGAUGCUUAUCGAAUCCUAUUGUUGUUAUUAUGA